CACCCUCUGGCAGCCAUGGGGACAAGGACUUCUUUGCUUUCUCUUUGGGUUUGCACCUUUGCCAAGACAGGGAUUUUGUUCCCAGGAGGCACUCCCCGGCCCAUGGGAUCUCAGCAUUCAAAGCAACACAAGAAACCUGGGCCCCUGAAACGGGGCCACCGAAGAGAUCGGAGAACAACCAGGAGGAAGUACUGGAAGGAAGGAAGGGAGAUCGCUCGUGUCUUAGAUGAUGAGGGCAGCAACCUGCGGCAGCAGAAGCUUGAUAGGCAGCGGGCCCUGCUGGAGCAGAAGCAGAAGAAGAAGCGCCAGGAGCCCCUGAUGGUGCAGGCCAAUGCCGACGGGCGGCCCAGGAGCCGGCGGGCCCGGCAGUCGGAGGAGCAGGCCCCCCUGGUGGAGUCCUACCUCAGCGGCAGCACCGGCUACCAAGUUCAAGAGGCCGACUCGCUUGCCAGUGUGCCCCUGGGAACUGCCCACCCCACAGCACCAGCCUCAGCCAAGAGAACCAAGGCGGCCGCCGCGGCAGGGGGCCAGGGUGGGGCCUCGAGGAAGGAGAGGAAGGGGAAGCACAAAGGCUCCGGCGGGCCAGCAGCACUGGCUGAAGACAAGUCUGAGGCCCGAGGCCCUGUGCAGAUCCUGACUGUGGGCCAGUCGGACCAGGCCCAGGACGCGGGGGAGACGGCCGCGGGGGAGACGGCCGCGGGUGGCGGAGCACGGCCCGGUGGGCAGGACGUCCGUGCCACGAUGCAGAGGAAGGGCAUCUCCAGCAGCAUGAGCUUCGAAGAGGAGGAGGAGGAGGAGGAGGACGAGAACAGCUCCAGCUCCUCCCAGCUGAAUAGCAACACCCGCCCCAGCUCCGCCACGAGCAGGAAGUCCACCAGGGAGGCAGCCUCGGCCCCCAGCCCCACAGCCCCUGAGCCGUCGGUGGAUGUUGAGGUCCAGGAUCUCGAAGAGUUUGCCCUGAGGCCAGCCCCCCAGGGGAUCACCAUCAAGUGCCGCAUCACACGGGACAAGAAGGGCAUGGACCGGGGCAUGUACCCCACCUACUUCCUGCACCUGGACCGCGAGGACGGGAAGAAGGUGUUCCUCCUGGCGGGAAGGAAGAGAAAGAAGAGUAAAACUUCCAAUUACCUCAUCUCCGUGGACCCUACAGACUUGUCUAGAGGAGGGGACAGCUACAUCGGGAAACUGCGGUCCAACCUCAUGGGCACCAAGUUCACCGUGUAUGACAAUGGAGUCAACCCUCAGAAAGCAUCAGCCUCUACUUUGGAAACUGGAACCUUGCGUCAGGAGCUGGCUGCUGUCUGCUACGAGACAAACGUCUUAGGUUUUAAGGGGCCUCGGAAGAUGAGUGUGAUUGUCCCGGGCAUGACCAUGGUUCAUGAGAGAGUCUCCAUCCGGCCCCGCAACGAGCAUGAGACGCUGCUAGCGCGCUGGCAGAACAAGAACACGGAGAGUAUCAUCGAGCUGCAAAACAAGACGCCCGUCUGGAACGACGACACGCAGUCCUACGUACUCAACUUCCACGGGCGCGUCACUCAGGCCUCAGUGAAGAACUUCCAGAUCAUCCACGGCAAUGACCCGGACUACAUCGUGAUGCAGUUUGGCCGCGUAGCAGAGGACGUGUUCACCAUGGAUUACAACUACCCGUUGUGUGCGCUGCAGGCCUUUGCCAUUGCCCUGUCCAGCUUCGACAGCAAGCUGGCCUGCGAGUAGAGGCCGCCUCGUGCCCUCUGGGGUGGCCCGGCCUGGAGUGGCGCUGCCCGCCUGCCUGUGGAGCAGCCCCACCGACCCCUGUACAUAGGCCCCCUGCCAGGUGAACCUGUGGCUCUCGGUGGGCCCCGGGCUCAGCCAUCCGGGAACGGGCUCCUCUGCCUUUGCUGCUGAGGCAGAGGAGUGGGGGGCACGAGGGGACCAGCGCAGAUCCUUUCUGUGCCCCCGCUCUCGGGUUCGUGUCCUGCUGCAGUCCUGUUUGCCAAGCGGAGCAGCCCCUUCAGCAGGGGAGGCGUGAAGAGGUGGAGAGGGAGAGCAAGCACAAGGCAGGGCUGCUGCGGCCCAGCGUCCACUCAGCCCGGGGUCCGAUGACCACGGGCCCCAGCAGUGCGGGGCUCGGUGAGAGUGUGUGUGUGAGAGUGCAUGUGAGUGUUGGGGCACAACAGCUUUACAUAGCACAGGCUUGGGUAGCUGAGCCUGGCUCUUACAACUGCAGAAAGUCCUCAAGCGUCAGCUGGCCUCCGCCAGGCCUGGGAGGAAUUGGGGUGGGAAGGUGAGGGGCAGGCCCCUGUCAGGGCUGCAGGGCCUGGCUGUGGCUGUGGGAAUUGGCUGGCAGCCUGCGGUUGGGGCUCAUUUGAUUUCUCUAGGAUUUCUUGUGCGCAUAGAGGCGGCAGGAGGCCGGCCCCCAAGGUCAAAUGUCUUAGCAGGUAGGAUCUGUAGGAUCCAUACAGACUGAGCAUACAGGUGGCACGUGGGCCAGGGCUGUCCAGGAGCCCUGUCGGCUGACACAGGGAACCCCAAGAUGCCAGCCUCAGACUGCACACAGGUAGGUGUGCCUGGGGCUCCUGCCUGUGCUUCAGCUCCCUGCAGUAAAGCCUAGGCUGUGGCCACUGAGGGCAUGUGUGCAGUUGUGAGCUGGGAAUGGGAAAGGGUGAGGAGAGCAGGAGACAUGUUAGAACCACAAGGGAUCAGAGGUGGCAGCACCAACCCUUAGAGAUCCCCUAGAAGAUAGACUUGCCUGGAGUCACCUGGCUGGUUAAGGGCAGAAUUUGGAUUUCAGCUCCUUUCAUUUCCUUGUUCCCACUCUCCUCCCAAAAAACUGCUGUCUCUGGCCUUCCUGGGGCACAAUAUGCAUGCCCAUGCACCCGAUUCCAGACUUAGAAUAUGUCAAGAGGUGGUGAGAUUGAGGCCAUUUCAGUGGGAAACCAGGCAGUUCCCUGCUGAAAGGUGUCUGAUUUUGCACGUCCAUCUGAUCAGGACUGGCCUGUGUCUGCCCGCCUCCCCUCCCCGAGGGCAGGCUUCAGCCAAGGCUGCAGCCCAGUUUUCUAUACAGGUGUGACAGGUAGUUGUGAGUGGCCUGACCUCUCCCUCUGCCACCCUCCUCCUUGGAUGGCACCAUCUACGCUGCAGACUUGGGAACACUUGCGUAUGUGUCGUUCACUCUGACGGAGGCUGCCGGCCCAGAUGGAGAUCAGAAAUCAAUGGGAAGCAAGCGAGAGUCGUUCCUCACUUCAGAGUAGAUGGAUGUGCUUGGAAAGACUACACAGAAGUUGGUUUUUUUAAGAGUCAUACUUCAAACAUGUUAGGAAGGCCCUGAGUGAGGUGGUGGAGCUGUUUUGACUUCAGUGGAACUAGGAUGUUCUCAUUUCCUGGGAAUCUAGGUUUUCAUGUGUUGAGUGCUUAAACUGAGGCCUCCUGCCCUAGCAGGGACCUGGCCAUACCUGGGGCAUCCAUCUAUGGUUGUUAACAUGGUCUGGUACCUAGACCACUCUGACUUGGGACCUUCUUGAGGGCACUGGAACUUUCUGUCCUGGAGCAGGUCUGCUUCCCAGGGAAAUACUUUUGUGCUCCCCUCCUUUCCAUAGUCGCAGCUUGGCUCUUCCUGUCUUAACUUUGGAGACCUGCUGACAUUUGGAAUGACAGAAGUGAGAUGACCCCUAAUGUCUAGUCAAGCUGUUUCUCUGGGCCAGUGAUUUUAAGGUAGAAAGGUUGAUUCUGGAUCUUUGUGAGAGGGAGGAUCCUGGUGGCAGAGUGGAGAAUUCAUCAGACAUACAAUGGAAAACGUGUCGCCUGCUUAUUCCUCCAGUACACAGAGGAUGGGUUGACGGGUGUUUCAUUAGGGUUGGGAGUGUGGCCUCAGAGUUCCAGCCUGGGUGUUGCAAAGGGUAGCUCUACGACAAAACCCUGUUAGGUACUGAGUGACAGGCAAGAGCACUCAUCACCUGCUGGAGACCCAGCCUCGCAAGGUCUUUUUUAAGACCCCAUUCUGGGUGAUGCUGGUUUAACCAUGGGCCCAGACUCCUAAAGCUGCUGGAACCCCUGGAGACCACCUGGGCUUAGUCUCUCCCACGGUAAGAGUCCUUGCCCUUCGUACCCACUGCCCAGAUGGUCCUUGGUUGGGCAGGGAACUUAGUUCCCUGAUGCUUAGUUGCCCUGAUGGAGCAAGCACGCCCCACGGGAGUUGGGUAGCUGGGGCCUUAGGCAGCUCCUCUGUAACUGCUCCUGCUGCCAGCUCCUCCUGGGGCCACACCCCAUCUCUGCCCCCACACAGUCCUGCAGAGCAGUAAGGUUCACAUCCCUAACUCUUCUCCAGUCCUGGCUUUUCUUUCCUUCUUGCUCUAAGGUGCUCUGUGUCUGUCUCUUUGUCUCUGUGUGUAUUUGGGGCCAAGGGCAAUCGGUGAACAAUGGUUUCCUAUUAUGAUCAUAUUUCUGUGGAUGAAUAGGAAAGGAAUGAGGAUGUAGCUGUGAUCACCUGUGGAUUUUGUUCCUUCAUUUCAUGCCCUUUGAUCAGAAAGCAUACCUGGGAAAGUACCAACUCCUUCUCCGGAGGUUCUUAUUGGGAAGAUGCUAUCCAGAAAAGUUUAGUUCUUCAGUUUCCACUCUGCAUUAGCUGGAGAAAUUGGUGUGUUGCAUGCGUGUUUUGGAUGAAUUUGAACUUAUUCUAGUUGAAUGUGCCUUAAAAAUCAUGACACUAAUUCAGAACGAGCAUGUGAGGUUCAGACCCAUGCUGAGGACAGGUGUUAGAAGCCAAGGAGUGUUAUCAUCACAGGCUAGAAGAGAACCUUUGGGGCCCGCCUCCUGCAGUGACAAAAAGGAACAAAACUGUAGAAGCAGAUGUCUUUUUUUUUCCUCUGGAAAUAGUGGGGCAUUUACCUCUAAAUGAAUUUACCAUCUAUUCAGAGGUAGUUCUGAACUUAACAAGCCAGUGAUGAUUUCAAACUAAGAUGCCUGUGCUUUCCUUACAGCGGGUGAGGGGGAUGGGUGGGCUGGCCAUAUCCACGGCUCUGUUAACGCAAGCACAAAUUCCAUCUCCAGGGUGGGGGUCCCUGGCUUUCCCUUCCUGUGGGAACACUGGCCCUCCCUUCUCUACCGUUCCUUACCCCAGCUGAGAUAGCCCUGUCACCUCAGGAUGCCAGGGGGCGCUCAGAGCACACGUUUCCAGAGAGCUGAAGGAGGCCGCGUGCUCUGACGCCCAGCACUAGGGGGGCCUGACUCCCUGGCACUCAGGGCCCAGCGCCGCGACCCUACACUGCCCUGGGCCCAGACCUGGAGAACUGGAGCAGCCCCCACAACAGGCCAAACUAUGGGCUCUUGUUUUUGAGUUUAUUGGUCAUCUGUCCUUCCAUGCCUCUAGUUUUGCAAUUUUCUUUCAUCUCAGGAUAUGGGGGGAAAAGUCCAAAAGAAGUUUUAGGACAGGUUUGGUUUCUGAAUUUUCCAACUAGGUUGAGAAGCAAGUUGGUUCUUACAGGACGCACUACAGCACUUAGUAAUCAAGUGAUUUUGAGCAAACCAUGGGAUUUUUCUAGAUCCGUUUUCUCACAGAAUGAGGAGGUUAGACUGUCACAGCUCGCGGUGGGAUUUGGGCUGAAUGAAGGCUGGUCCUUGCUCCAUCACUUUCUGGCUCAUCACUGUGCCUUUUUUCUUUCCUGAGAAAGAUGUCACACCUCUUUCCUCCUCUGUUCUCGCGUUCCUCCCUGCUUCCCUCUCAAGAUCCAGGCAGAGCUGGAGAUUAGGCUGAGAUCCAGAGUUUCCUAGACAGUAACAGAGUGACAGAGAAAGGGAAGCCCAACUCUGGCCCCUCUAGUCCUGCAUUUGGUGACAGCGGGGACUUAGCAUGGUGACACUUCUCUUGUUGAGCGUGCAUUUAGCCAGUUUGCAUAAUGCCCACAAUGUGUGUGUCUGUUUGCACAAGAUUGUCUUUUCCUAUUUUGGAGUGGUGAGACAUUUUAUUUUUGUUCAAAAUUACCGAGUUUUAGACAAACAUGCAAAACUGUGCUUUUAUUAAGUGAUUUUUUUGAAUAAACUCUUUGGUUUUCUGGAGCAAAUGUAUUUAUUUAUUGGUAUGUGCAAUGACAAAGUUGGUAUUUUCCCAUGUUGACAUUAUGUAUGUUGUAGAACUUUAAUGUUUGUCUAAGUACAAACCAUAUAUCAACAAAUUAAACUUGAACUGUUUCAA